CGCCCAAAGCUCCGGGUGGCCGCGGCCGAGCCGGGAGCCGAGCGCGCUGGGCGCGGCCGUCCCGCUGCCGCUGCUGGCGCGUGAGAGCCUGAGUGCACCCGCGGCCAUGGUCCCCGCGGCGGCCACCGGCGCCUGAGCCCCGAACGCGGGCACCGGAGGCGGGCGGCCGGCUGUGCGGGCGCGACGGAGUGGCCGACAGAAGGUGAGCGCUGUGGGCUAUGGGAUGGAUGAGGUGCAGCAGGACCAGCAUGAGGCCCGACUCAAGGAGCUGUUUGACAGUUUUGACACAACGGGCACUGGGUCCCUGGGACAGGAGGAACUCACCGACCUUUGCCACAUGUUGAGCUUGGAGGAGGUGGCCCCGGUGCUGCAAGAGACGCUGCUUCAGGACAACCUCUUGGGCAGGGUGCAUUUUGACCAGUUUAAAGAAGCAUUAAUACUUAUCUUGUCUAGAACUCUAUCAGAUGAAGAACACUUUCAGGAACCAGCAUCUGUGGGUGUCAGCUGCCAACAAGUAGCUCGGGUGUCUGGGCCGAUCCUGAAUACUCACAGGCUGACACACUCUCUUCUGAUAAAAGACUGCUCACUAGAAGCUCAGCCCAAAUACGUUAGAGGUGGGAAGCGUUAUGGACGAAGGUCCUUACCGGAGUUUCAAGAAUCCGUGGAGGAGUUCGCAGAGGUGACAGUGAUUGAGCCCCUCGAAGAAGAAGAAGAAGCAAGGCCUUCACACGUCCCGGCUGGAGACCACCAUGAGCACUGGAAGACGCAACCCAGUGAGGAGUACGAAGCAGAAGGCCAGCUAAGAUUUUGGAACCCAGAUGAUUUGAAUGCCUCCCAAAGUGGGUCUGCCCCUCCCCAAGACUGGAUAGAAGAGAAACUGCAGGAGGUUUGUGAAGAUUUGGGGAUUACCCGUGAUGGUCACCUGAACCGAAAGAAGCUGGUCUCCAUCUGUGAGCAGUAUGGUUUGCAGAAUGUCGAUGGAGAGAUGCUUGAGGAAGUCUUCCAUAAUCUUGAUCCUGAUGGUACAAUGAGUGUGGAAGAUUUUUUCUACGGCUUGUUCAGAAAUGGGAAAUCCCUUACACCGUCAGCGUCUACUCCCUAUAGACAGUUGAAAAGGCAUCUCUCCAUGCAGUCUUUCGAUGAGAGUGGACGACGUACUACAACCCCAUUGGUGAUGACGGGUACCACUGGCUUCCGGGUCUUCUCCUGCCUGGAUGAUGGGAUGGGCUACGCACCAGUGGAGAGAAUACUUGACACCUGGCAGGAAGAGGGCGUUGAGAACAGCCAGGAGAUCCUGAAGGCCUUGGAUUUUAGCCUUGAUGGAAACAUCAACUUGACAGAGUUGACACUGGCUCUUGAAAAUGAACUUUUGGUCACCAAGAACGGCAUCCACCAGGCGGCUCUGGCCAGCUUCAAAGCUGAGAUCCGGCAUUUGCUGGAGCGUGUUGAUCAAGUGGGCAGAGAAAAAGAGAAGCUACGGUUAGAUCUGGACAAAGCCGAGAAGCUCAAGUCUCUCAUGGCCUCAGAGGUGGACGAUCAUCAUGCGGCCAUCGAGCGACGGAAUGAGUACAACCUCAGGAAACUGGAUGAAGAGUACAAGGAACGCAUAGCAGCCUUAAAGAAUGAACUCCGAAAGGAGAGAGAGCAGAUCAUGCAACAGGUGGGCAAGCAGCGUUUGGAACUUGAGCAGGAAAUUGAAAAGGCAAAAACAGAAGAGAACUACAUCCGGGACCGCCUGGCCCUCUCUUUAAAGGAAAACAGUCGACUAGAAAAUGAGCUGCUGGAAAAUGCUGAGAAGUUGGCAGAGUAUGAGAAUCUGACAAACAAGCUUCAACGAAAUUUGGAAAAUGUGUUAGCAGAAAAGUUUGGUGACCUCGAUCCCAGCAGUGCUGAAUUCUUCCUGCAAGAAGAGCGGCUGACACAGAUGAGAAAUGAAUAUGAGCAGCAGUGCAGGGUAUUACAAGACCAAGUGGAUGAACUCCAGUCUGAGCUGGAAGAAUAUCGCACACAAGGCAGAGUUUCCAGACUUCCCUUGAAGAACACACUGUCAGAAGAACUUGGUGUUAACAGUGAUUGCCUUGAGCCUGACCAGGGGCUUGGUUCUGAAGACUGCAAUCCACUGAAUAUGAGCAUCGAGGCAGAGCUGGUCAUCGAACAGAUGAAAGAACAUCAUCACAGGGACUUGUGUCACCUAAGACUGGAGCUUGAAGAUAAAGUGCACCAUUAUGCACAGCAGCUAGAGGAAACCAAGGCCGCCUGUGAAAAGGAGCAGGAGAACAUGAGGCAAAAGUAUGAGAAUGAAGUGCACAUCCUGGAAAAGCAAAUAAGUGACCUUACACAUGACAUGGCAGAACUCCAGGGCCGGGCAGUGGCGCUCCAGGAGGCACAACAUAUGACUAACUGCAAACACGAGGAGGAGAAGAAACAACUGCAGAUGAGGUGGGACGAGGAGAAGACUCUCCUGCAGGAAGCGCUGAGGCUGGAACAUGAGGCAGAGCUCAAGGACAGACUGGAGCAGGCAGAGGAGAGCUUCGCCCGAGAGCGGGAGGGGCUUCUUCACAGCGGUGCCUGGACAGAAGAGAAGGUGAGGGGCUUGACUCAGGAGCUCGAGCAGUUCCACCAGGAGCAGCUGGAAAGCCUGGCGGAGAAGCACGCUCUCGAGAAGGAGGAGUUGCGAAAAGAGCUCUUGGAAAAACACCAGAGGGAAUUUCAAGAGGAAAGGGAAAAAAUGGAAACUGAGUGUACUAGAAGAACCUGUGAGAUAGAAGCCCAGGUUCAGGCUGACUGUCAGAAAGUCACUGAGAGAUGUGAGAGUGCCCUGCAGAGCCUGGAGAGGCACCUGCGCCAAGAGCUGAGGGAGCUCCUGGAACAGCAGCGCGAGGAGAGGUCUCAGUGGCAGUUUGAGAAGGACGAGCUCACGCAGGAGUGUGCUGAGGCCCAGGAGCAGCUGAAGGAGACGCUCCAGAGAGAGAGAGCGACUUCCCUGGCCUUGACCCAGGAGAGAGCGAUGCUGGAGAAAACAUACAAAGAACACCUGAGUAGCGUGGUUGGUGAGAGAGAACAGCUACUCAGAGACCUGGAGGACCUAAGAAAAGUGUCUGAAAGUCAGCAAGGCCUCCUGUCCGACCAGAUCCUGGAGCUGAAACGCAGUCACGAGAGAGAGCUGAAGGACCGCGAGCAGGUCCUGUGCCAGGCGGGCGUCUCGGAGCAGCUGGCCAACCAGCGGCUUGAAAGGCUGGAAAUGGAACGCGACCAGGAGAGGCAGGAAAUGAUGUCCAAGCUCCUGGCCAUGGAGAGCGUCCACAGGGUGACCUGUGAGAAAGCAGAUCGAGACAGAGCCGAGAUGAGCACAGAAAUCGCCCGGCUUCAGAAUAAAAUUAAGGAGAUGCAGGAGGUGGCCUCUCCUCCCUCCAGGCUGCAGAAUGGCUGCCAGGAAACAGGAGGGGAGGAGGCAGAAGGAAGUGGAGCCAUGUCCCUGCUCCAGCAAGGAGAGCAGCUGUUGGAAGAGAAUGGAGAUGUCCUCUUGAGCCUGCAGAGAGCUCACGAGCAGGCAGUGAAGGAAAACGUGAAGAUGGCUGCGGAAAUCUCUCGAUUGCAGCAGAGGCUGCAGAAAUUAGAGCCAGGGUCAGUCAUGUCGUCUUCUUUAGAGGAGGCCACCACUGGGCUUUUCGGGAAUUCUGUGGAACAAGCAGAGCCAUGUUUACUGCAAAACCGAAGGAAGCAAGUAGAAGGUGUCACCAGGCGGCGCGUCCUGAGCGACCUGCAAGACGAUGCGGCCCCGGACCUGGGAAGCACAGGGACGAGCUCUCCUCAGAGACAGGAGGUCCAAGUCGAGGCGUCUGAAGCGUCCAUGGGGAGUUUUUCUGAGCUUGAAAACAGCGAUGAGACCAGGACUGAGACCUGGGACCUGAAGAAUCAGAUUUCUCACCUUCAGGAACAAUUAACGGUCUUACGUGCGGACUGCGAUCGCGCUUCUGAGAAGAAGCAGGACCUACUCUUUGAUGUUUCUGUGCUCAAGAAGAAACUCAACGCGCUGGAGAGAGUCGCCGGGGCUUCUCCCGAGUAUAAACUGUUAUACGAAGACGCCGGCAGAGAAAACGACUGUCUCCAGGAAGAGCUGCGCGUGCUGGAGACGCACUACGAGGAAGCCCUGGACAACAACAAGGAACUCGCUUCAGAGGUUUUCCGGUUGCAGGACGAGCUGAAGCGAGCGGAAGAAGUGACCGAAACGUUCCUCGGCCUGGAAAGGAGUUACGAUGAGGUCAAAAGAGAAAACGAGGAGCUGCACGGUGUGGUUCUGAGACUCGAAGGCACGAUUGAGAGGCUGCAAGGAAGAGCGGCGCUCCCGUGUGGCUGCUUCUCCCUGUGGGAAGCCCCGUUAGAGGACCUGGACCCCGAGCCCGAGCCCGAUGGGAAGGCACUUGCGCUAACUCAGACCCCGGGAGCACGUGCGCCCAAGGCUUUGCACGUGUGCCAGGUUAUCGAAGAACAUUAUCAAGAAAGCCAGGACCUUGGGCAGGAGAACACCCAGAUCCUGGGAAAAGUACAAGCCCGUGAAAUUGCCUGGCUGCGCACAACAGUCCAGACUCACGGAGAAAAGCCUGGAGAACAGAACCAGGUGAUCAUCGAGGAAAACACCACCCUCCUAGGCCUCCGACACAGACAUUUCCAGCGUCAGGCCGUGAUCGCGGAGUUAGAACUGGAGAAAAAAAAGCUGCAGGAGCUGACUAGGAAGUUGAGGGAGAGAGUCACUAGUUUAGUGAAGCAAAAGGAUGGCCCUGCUCAAGGAGGGAAGGAGGAAGAGCUGAAGGCAACGAUGUAUGACUUGCAGGUCGCGUGCGGUGAGAUGCAGCAGAAAGUUGAGCUUCUGAGAUAUGAAUCUGAGAAGCUUCAAAAAGAAAAUUCUAUUUUGAGAAAUGAAAUUACUACUCUAAGUGAAGAAGAUAGCAUUUCUAACCUGCAGUUGGAGAAAUUAAAUGGAUCUCAGGAAGAAAUGUGGCAAAAUAUAGAAACUGUGAAACAGGAAAAGGCCGCAGUUCAGCAGAUGGUUGAAAAUUUAAAGAAACAGAUUUCAGAAUUAAAAACCAAAAACCAACAGUUGGAUUUGGAAAAGACGGAACUUAGCCAAAAGAACUCUCAAAAUCAGAGAGAAUUGCAAGAGCUUAAUCAACGUCUGGCGGAAGUGCUGUGCCAGGAGAAGGAGCCAGGGCGCGGCACGCUGGAGGAGUGGCAAGAGGAGAAGUCUACGCUGGAAGAGGAACUGGAACGCUGUAAAGUGCAGUCCUCCACUUUGGUGUCUUCUUUGGAGGCAGAACUCUCUGAAGUUAAAAUACAGACGCAUAUUGUGGAACAGGAAAACCUCCUUCUCAAAGAUGAACUGGAGAAAAUGAAGCAGCUGCUCAGAUGUCCCGAUCUCUCUGACUUCCAGCAAAAAAUUUCUAGUGUUCUAAGCUACAAUGAAAAACUGCUGAAAGAAAAGGAAGCUCUAAGCGAAGAACUAAAUAGCUGCGUUGAUAAGUUGGCAAAAUCAAGCCUUUUAGAGCGCAGAAUGGCUACUAUGAAGCAAGAACAGAAGUCUUGGGAACAGCAGAGUGAAAGCUUAAAGUUGCAGCUAGCGGCUUCGCGGGAAAAGGUUCAGAGUUUAGAGGACACACUACAGAAUGUAAACCUGCAGAUGUCCCGGAUUAAAUCCGAUCUACGAGUGACUCAGCAGGAAAAGGAGGCUUUAAAACAAGAAGUGAUGUCUUUACGUAAGCAACUUCAGAAUGCUGAUGACAAGAACUGGGCCCCAGAAGUAGCCACCCACCCAUCAGGAUUCCAUAACCAGCAGCAGCGGCUGUCUUGGGACAAGUUGGAUCAUCUAAGGAAUGAGGAACAACAGCUGCUUUGGCAGGAGAACGAGAGACUCCAGACUGUGGUGCAGAACACCAGCGCAGAACUCACACACUCCCGGGAGAAGGUCCGUCAACUGGAAUCCAGCCUUCUUCCCCCCACGCACCAAGCACAGGUAAAUGCAUCAGGUACUGGGAAGCCCACAGAGCAGGAGAAGUUGAGCUUGAAAAGAGAAUGCGAACAGUUUCAAAAGGAAAGAUCUCCUGCGAAUAGGAAGGUCAGUCAAAUGAAUUCCCUUGAACGAGAAUUAGAAACAAUUCAUUUGGAAACUGAAGGCCUGAAAAAGAAACAAGUAAAACUGGAUGAGCAGCUAAUGGAGAUGCAGCACCUGAAGUCCACUGUGAUGCUUAGCCCAUCCCCUCACGCAUUGGAUCUGCAGCUUCUCCAGCAGCAAGCCUGCCCGAUGGUGCCCAGGGAGCAGUUUCUGCAGCUUCAACACCAGCUGCUGCAGGCAGAAAGGAUAAACCAGCGCCUGCAGGAGGAACCUGAAAACAGAACCUCUGAAACCAACACACCACAGGAAAACCAGGAACAACUGGUAACUGCCAUGGAGGAACGAAUGAUGGAAGUUGAACAGAAAUUGAAAUUGGUGAAAAGGCUUCUUCAGGAGAAAGUGAAUCAGCUCAAAGAACAAAAUGCAGACCCUGAACUCCAAGAUCACCAAGCAGCCUGAACCUUUUCACCUUCUGGUGGCAGGUAUGGCCUCUGUGUUUAGAAAUUAUAUGUACAUCCACUGAAGAGACAUGCAACAAGGACUAGUUUCUAGGAAAGUUUGAGAUGAACUGGUAGAGGUUAACCAAAAAAUGUUGGUUAGGCAGGAGACAGUUGCCCAACAUUGUUUUCUGGAUACAUAACAUUAGGAAGAAUAAUGCCAAGAGAGGGUCUUAACACAGAGGUAAACAGGAGCUUUCCUUUGUCCUUUAUCUUAAUACACAGGAUGAAAAGAAAAAGUCCUGUAAAAUAAGCAUUUAUUGAUUCAACCCUUUAAUUAAUUUAUUCAAUACAUAGUUACUAUGUGCCAGGUACUGUUCUAAGCACUAGGGAUACAGAAGUGAACAAAACAAUAUCUCUGCCUACAUGUAGUGUAGUUCACCUACAAAGUACUGAGCAUAUGGCCAGUGGUAGUUUCAAAAAUAAAGAAAACGGUGUCCACUCUAUUUUCACUAGAAGGGAACACAAAAGGAAUACUUGACGCAACCCAGGGAAUUUAAAGAAAGUUUCCUAAAGACCUCAAAUCUAGUAUUGUGGGUUGAGUAAGAUUUUAAGAGGUGAAGAAAUGUGGGAAGGGCAUUCUAGGCUAUGGAAACAUCAUGGAACUAUGACAACAUAUGGGGUGUGGACAUCUGCAAACACUUUGGCAUUAAUAGUUUGGCACAACACUGUCCAGAGAGAAGCAGGAGAAGAAACUAGAGAGAUGGGGAGGAGCUGGCAGUAGAGGGCCUUACAUGCUGAGCCAUGGGGUUUGAAUGUCAUUCUUUAGAUGAUAAAGAACCAUCAAAGUGUCUUUUAAUGGUAGGGAGGGAGGGAAAAUAUUGUAUUAGAACAGUUCAAUAGAGAGUAGGUUACAAUGUUACACUCGCCAGUCAUCUAGCUUCUGGGCUUCAUCCUUGCCCUAUGAAAUGUUAAUAAAUUAAUUAGCCACUUGUUAGUCCCUUCAGCCUUUAUACUUUUAGAUGUCCUGCUUGAAAUUGGAUGUAAAUGAGGAGUUAAAGGUGUAAUGAGGGAAGAUGGAUUAGAAAAUGUUAACAGAAGCAAUAAUAAAAUUAUCCCAAGGCUGCUGACAAGUUUUCCACCCUAACCUAGACUAUAUGUUCUAACCAUAAUUAUUAGAAUAUGUCUUCUGUACAAGGCUCUAUGCAAGAGAGGAGGAGUUAAGGAAAAUCUUAUCUCUUUGUUAUAACACAUGAGCCACAUUUUAAAAUAAUCAGUAGGUUGUAGUUAUGAAUGGGAAGCUCAAGCAUCUACUGUUAAGAACAGAGUUAAACACAGUUCACACCCUAAAACUCAGAAAUUUUAAGUUAUAACUUAUAAUAUUUUUAGAGAAUAAAUAAUUCCCAAUUUAUUUAGGUGGAAAACACUUUCAUUUUUUACCCUCAAAUAUCAAUUUGUUCUUUUUAUUAGUGACUUCUACAAACAUAUCAUGCAAAGUAACAGCUUGACAUAAGUGGAUUUGCUCCACUUGUACCUCUGAUGCCAGUCUGAUAUUAAAGCUGUAUUUUAAAAUAAAAGAAAAUAAUUGAUAGAACCUAUUUGCCUUUAUAAACAACUGCCCUUAUGUCAGACUUUAAAAGAAUUACAGAAAUGGAGUCAA